AUGGAGGAGGAGAACGAUGAGUCGACUAAGAGACAUGACAACACGUUUAGCUUGCAUAGUAUCUUUGUAAUCGUCCAAGUCUCAGCCGCCCUAGCCGUCGCCGGUUACUUCGGUUUAGAAGGAUUCAUCCUUUGGUUCGAUUGGUUCCGUUUGGUUCUAAGAAACAUUUUCUUCAUUUUCAUCAUCUUAAACGCUCUCAUCGGCUCCAUUUACUUUACUUUCCGCAAAGCCACCGAGAUAAAGAAACCGAGUCUCUAUGAUGAAUAUAUCACCGCCGUCCCCUCCGUCGUCCGUUCUUCCCCGGAGCAGUCGACUUUUGCACCGAUGGAGGUUGGAGAUUAUGGUGGUGGUGGUGGAUAUUAUAAUAACUCGAGUUAUUAUCAGGAGAGUGUGCAGCCGUUUCAAGCGGUUGAGGAGAGUAGCUGCUAUGAACGAGUGGUGACGGAGAGGAUGACGAGCUCGGAGAAGAAGAUGAAGAAGAAGAAGAAGACGAGGUCGACGGUGGAGUAUCAUCAUGAAAGGACGGUAUCAGAGAGAGUGAUGAUGCAAACGACGGGCGGGUCGUGCAGGUCGUGGCAGGCGAUGAUGGAUGAGCUGAGCAACGAGCAGUUUCGUACGACGAUUGAGUCUUUUAUCAUGGAGAAGAAGAAGAUGAUGAUGUAUGGCUGGAGGCAAAACGGUGACCCUCAGUUGCAAAACGGCGUUGUUGAUGAUCAGUUGCAAAACGGUGUCCCUCAGCUGCAAAACGGCGGUUUCCACCAGUGGCGUAACGGUUUCCCUCAGCUGCAAAACGGCGGUUUUCACCAGUGGCAAAACGGUUUCCCUCAGCUGCAAAACGGCGGCGUUCAACAGUGGCAAAACGGUUUCCCUCAGUUGGAAGGGCAGCCUGAUUACGAUGGGACUGGUGGUCAUGGUCCGUACUUAGCUAUUUCGAAUUAG